CUCACACUUCUCUUCCCAUGUCUGCAAAGCCCAUGCAAUCUCUUGCCACCUUCAUGACUGACACCUGUAAAAGGCUCCCCUCCCGUGUCCCAGCCUGGGCUACAGACAGCACCCCCCUGAGCGAGCUCUCCUGGUCCUCCUCGCUGGCGGUGGUGGCCGUUUCCUUCUCUGGGCUCUUCACCUUCAUCUUCCUCAUGUUGGCUUGUCUGUGCUGCAAGAAGGGCGACGUCGGCUUCAAGGAGUUUGAGAACGCGGAGGGGGACGACUAUGGCGCGGAGUUCUCGGCCCAGGGCUCGCCGGCGGUGCAGAAUGGCCCCGAGGUGUACAUCCUGCCCCUCACCGAGGUCUCGCUGCCCAUGUCGAAGCAGCCGGGGCGCUCAGUGCAGCUGCUCAAGUCUGCAGACCUGGGGAGGCACAGCCUGCUCUACCUGAAGGAGAUCGGGCACGGCUGGUUCGGCAAAGUGUUCCUGGGCGAGGUGAACUCGGGCAUCAGCAGCACCCAGGUGGUGGUGAAGGAGCUGAAGGCCAGCGCCAGCGUCCAGGACCAGAUGCAGUUCCUGGAGGAAGCCCAGCCAUACAGGGCUCUCCAGCACACCAACCUGCUGCAGUGCCUGGCCCAGUGCGCCGAGGUGACCCCCUACCUGCUGGUCAUGGAGUUCUGCCCGCUGGGUGACCUGAAGGGCUACCUGCGGAGCUGCCGGGGGGCUGACUCCAUGACGCCCGACCCCCUCACCCUGCAGAGGAUGGCUUGUGAAGUGGCCUGUGGCAUCUUGCACCUGCACAAGAACAAUUACGUGCACAGCGACUUGGCUUUGCGGAACUGCUUACUCACUGCCGACCUGACUGUCAAGAUCGGGGACUACGGCCUCUCGCACUGCAAGUACAAAGACGACUACUUCGUGACGGCCGACCAGCUGUGGGUGCCGCUGCGCUGGAUCGCGCCCGAGCUCAUCGACGAGGUGCACGGCAACCUGCUCAUCGUCGACCAGACCAAGGCCAGCAACAUCUGGUCGCUGGGCGUGACCAUCUGGGAGCUGUUUGAGCUGGGCAGCCAGCCUUACCACCACUACUCAGACCGGCAGGUGCUCACCUACGCCAUCAAGGAGCAGCAGCUCAAGCUGCCCAAGCCCCAGCUGAAGCUGUCGCUGUCCGAGCGCUGGUAUGAGGUGAUGCAGUUCUGCUGGCUGCAGCCCGAGCAGCGCCCGACGGCGGAGGAGGUCCACCUGCUGCUCUCCUACCUGUGCGCCAAGGGGGCCACGGAGGUGGAGGAGGAGUUCGAGAAGCGCUGGAACUCCAUGAAGCCCAACAGCAGCUCCAGCGCCAGCCACCACGGCGCCGAGGUCUCGUCCUUCCCGCUGCUGGAGCAGUUCUCCGCCGACGGCUUCCACUCGGACGGGGACGACAUCUUGACGGUCAUGGAGACCAGCCACGGCCUCAACUUCGAGUACAAGUGGGAGCACACUAAAGCCGAGCACUUCCAGGCGCCCGCAGGGGCCCUGAGCCCCAGCAGCGCCGCUCAGUACCAGGACCUGUACUACCCGGCCACCUCGGUGGGGCGGCUCAGCCUCGGCGUCUCGCCGUCCUGCUACGAGUGCAAGCAGCAGGGCUGCCAGAGCCUGCACACGCCCGGCGUGGUGCCCAUCCUGGCUGCCCACAGCCCCUCGCUCAGCAACGAGUACUACAUCCGCAUCGAGGGCCCCGCGGAGGGCGGCCCCGAGCUGGACUACACCAUGUGCUCCUACAGCCCCGACUACGAGGGCGGCUCCCCGGAUAAGGCGCCCUGCUGGCAAGCCCCGGGGGACGCCGGCGGUGGCAUGUAUGACUCGGACAACAGCCCCACCAUCUCCCUGAGCAUGGAGCCGCUCCUGGGCCACGCGCCCCGCAGCGAGAGCUCCUGGGAGCACGCCGAAUACUACCCCCCCGCCAGCCACGGCAAGGAGCGCCGCUACUACGAGCCCUCCCCGAGCGACGGCACCGACCAGUACCUGCUGGAGGAGCCCCCGGAGACCGCCAGCAAAGUGUGGCCGGUGCCCGGCUUCUGCAAGAGCAUCUUCCAGGACCCCCUGGGCGUCUCGCCGUCGGUGAACUGUGCCUACAGCCCUCGCAGCUACGAAGAGCCUGACCUUGCUGGGAAACGGCUGGACUACCCGGGGCAGAGCGCGGCCGGAGGGACCCCCGGCUCCAGGCUGGACUGCGUCACGCUGGAGCUGGGCGAGGAGAGCCCAUGCGGCAGCCCCGGGCGCCGGAGCCAGCAGGCGGGGGACUUCCUGGAGGAGGGGAGCCCUGUGGCUCAGCACUGGACCUCCAACAGCUCGGCCAACAACAACAGCAGCAACUGCGCCCCGCCGCCCUGCGAGCCCCCCGCCAACGACAGCUGGUGCUACCGCCACAUGAUCACCUUCCGGGGGCUCAUGGCCGAGCCCCUGGGCUCGGUGCCGCGGGACGAGGCCGAGCUCGAGGACUCUCCGCCGGAGCGCCGGAGCCCGCUGCUCAGGGGCUUCCGGAGAGCGCUGCGGGACCAGCCCCUCGCCAAGGACGGCGGCUUCCGGCCAGACCCCGUGGAGCGCGUGGCUCUGGCCACCAUGGAGGACUCCUCGGCCACCUCCUCCUCCUCCUCCUCCCCCUCCCCGCACUGCCUGGACCGGGAGAGCAAUGACUCACGCGCCUUCGGUCAUUCGGAAGCGACGGCUCUGGCAGGCGUCCCCGGCGCACCACGUGCCUUGGGCGCAGAGCUCCCCGCUGACCCAGCGGCUGGAGCCGGGGCCCAGACGUGUGCCUACGAUGCCAGCGCGGCGCCGAGACCCGCCGAGAGAGAGGAGGGGAGCCGCCGUGCCCAGACGCCGCAGCCCAGGGGCAUGGAGCUGCCGGGGCUGGUGGAUUCGGGGCUGGCGGAGGUGGGGGCACUGCUCCAGCUCGCCGAGAGCCCGGCUGGGCCGGCCGAGGCAGCGUCCCUUGCUCUGGGGGUGGGGGAGUGGACUGUCGCUCCUGCCCAGGCGGCGGGGGAGCCUUGCUCCGACUGUGCCCACGUCCCCUCGGAGGCCUCGGAGGCAUCUAGCCAGGCCCCGAGAGACGUGACCGUGGAGAGCGGCAAGAGCCUGACCAGCGACCUGGACCGGACCCCAGACAAGACGUUCUCGAGCGCCAGCUUCCCCGACAUGGACGAGGGCAGCGACGAGGACACCACGGAGCUCACCUCCGGCAUCUUCACCGACUUCUCCAGCGACUACGUGGAGCGAGCGGACAUGGCCCCGUCUUUCAAGUCCCUGCAGAAGCAGGUGGGGACGCCGGACUCCCUGGACUCGCUGGACAUCCCGUCCACCGCCAGCUCCUGCGAAGUCUUCAGCCCCACGGCGUAUGUCCCCUCCAGCCAGCCCAAGGCUCUGGACAGCGGCUACGACACCGAGAACAACGAGUCCCCCGAGUUCGUCUUGAAGGAGCCGCAUGAGCCCCGGGAGCCGGAGACCUUUGCCCCGCUGGGGAAGCCGCCCGCGGGUGAAGGGGACGACGCGGCCUCGGAGAUGCGGCUGUCCUCGUCCUUCAGCACCGAGCUGCACGGCCUGAGCGAGAAGAACCCGUACCGCGACUCUGCCUACUUCUCCGACUACGACGCGGAGGCGGAGCGGUACCCGAAGGAGGAUGAGGACAGCGACGGGUCCGAGGGCCAGGAGGAGGAGAGGGGCUGCUCCCAGCUGGACUCGGAGAACGUGGGGAGAGCGGCCAGCCAGAGCAGUACCGGGGAGGAGACGUCUCACCCCUGCGACACCCCCGAGAGCGUGCAGGGACCUGCCGGCGUUGCAGAGGCCUCCACGGAGGUCGAAGCUCCUGAUGGAGAUGUUGCAGCUGCGAAGGGAGCCCUGGGUUCAGGGGCUUCCCCCUUGCUGCCAGCGCCCAUGGUGGACGCUGCUGCCGAAGCCGAGGACAGGGUCUCGGGCCCCGAGCUGGACUCAGACGGCUCCAGAGAGGCAGACGGAAGUGAGCGUCCCCUGGCCCCCAGCCUCCCAGCGGGGCCCGUGCCAUCCAAAGUCUUCUUUCUGUCUCCAGUGGUUAUGAGCCCAGAGGACGCGGCUCCCCCAAGCCCCGGCGUAGGCAGCCACGUGCCGGAGGUGGCCACAGAGCGGGCGCGAGACCCCGAGGCCGGUGCUGGGCCGGUUGUGGUCCCCGGCUCCGAUCCCGGGGAGCAGGAGCAAGUGUUGGAGGGGGAAGCGCGAGAGAAAUGCCCCAGCACGGCCCCCGCGGAGGACGCGUCACCCACUCAGGCUCCCCAGCUGUCUCUGGACCUCUCCACGCUGCAGCCCCCGCGGGAGCCGGAGGAGGAGGAGGAGGACACGGAGGACAGCGACGAGUCGGACGAGGAGCUGCGCUGUUACAACAUCCAGGAGCAGAGCGAGGAGAGCGAGGACGAGCCGGCGGCCGUGCCCAUCGUGGUGGCCGAGAGCCACAGCGCCAGGAACCUGCGCAGCCUCCUCAAGAUGCCCGGCCUGCUGCCCGAGACCUUCUGCGACGACCUGGAGCGCAAGAAGAAGGCCGUGUCCUUCUACGACGACGUCACCGUCUACCUCUUCGACCAGGAGAGCCCCACGAGGGACCUCGGCGACCCGACUUUCCCCGAGGCGGCCGAGUCUUCGCCGCAGCCCGUGCAGAACGACGGGUCCGGCCCCCCGAGCCCAGCAGACCGAGCGAACGCCUCCGACGACUCCUCGGAUGGGAACGCCUCGGAAGAGAGUGGCGGAUUCGAGUGGGACGAUGACUUUCCGCUCAUGCCCGUGAAGUCGUCCCUCAUGUCCUCGCUGACGGUGACCGCGGUGGUGCCCGACCCAGCUGUCACCCCCCUGCCCGUGCUGGUCCCCGUCCAGAAGCAAGCGCUGCCCAUCCAGCUCUCACGGUUCACGGUCUCGCCGGCCCCAGUGUCCAGAUUCUCCAUCACGCACGUCUCCGACUCGGACAUGGAGUCCAUAGGAGGUAGCAGCGAAGACGGGGACAGAGAGUGAGCGCGCCCGCCGGGCCGGUUGGAUUCACCCCCGCCAGCAUCGGCUUCCACCUCCGAGCUGCGGAGAGGAGAUGGAGGCCAGGAGCUCGGCCUUGCCCACGGACUCCUGGACCUUGCUCUAUGUGGUUUUUUUUAAGGCAGAUUUUACGGGCAGGAUUUUGCUUGCUGGAGCAGCUGCCGGCAGCCCCCGCGGCGCGGGGGUUGGUGGAGGCUGUGCGCCUGCCUCUGUGUGUGUGUGUGCGCGUGUGUGUGAGUGUGCGCAAGUGGGCGUGCGUGCGUGUACAUACACCUAUAUAAAUUAUAGCAUUUAAAGGGUAGCGCCAUGACCUUGCUAACAUCGCUGACUCCCCAGCUUGGCCAUUUCGCCACCCAGCAGAGCCCACGCUUCACCGGCUCCCUGAGAAGAGCCUAGCCUCGCCUCCCCGUGACGACCCCCGUCUCGUUCUGUCCGGUCGGACCCGACCUGCAGUCAGCUCUGCACUCGUGUGCUUUCACGCCAGUAGUGAGGAGCGGGUGCCCCCCCGCCACCCCAACCACGUGCCGCUGCUGCCCUGCCUGCCGGCACUCUGUUGCUUGGUACCAAGGCACCGUUCGUCUGUGCUGCUGGUUUUUCCGCCUUCCCGCUGGGUGUUCGUAACCUCCAGACUCACCCCGCUACUUCUGGCACUGGGUUGGAUGCCUCCCGUGGGUGGAAGAAGAGCGCUCGGGAUGGUCACAGCAGUGCUCAGCGUCGGGGCCAAGGAUGGGAAGAAGCAGGUUCGGCCCCUGCCGCACGUUUUGGCUUUGGACAGACGCAGGGAAGCUGGAGAAAGGGCCUGGACGUGCACCAAGCCCUCCUGUGCCCUGCCUUCAUCGCCAGUGACCAGAAGACGCUCGUGGCACUUUGCUGUGCUUUUCCAGGACUUUCACUAGUCCUGAGCGGGGUCUGGAUCCCAGCCCUUGGCUCCACGGCGGGGCCUGCGGGUAAGAGCAGGCAGCGAUACAAGCCGGGUAGCGUGCUCAGCUUGCCCUCCUGCAUCGGGGUGGAGGGUCUCCCCCUGCUCCCUGCAGCGCCCCCCGUGUCACUAGCACCCAGAGGGAUGGGAAGCCCCCAUGGCCCAGGCUGGGCGCUCGGCCCCAGCUCCUUCUAAGCCAGCGGGGCCUCGCCACCUCUUCAGUGGCCUUAGACAAGCUCAGGGCCUCUCUGCCUCAGUCUCCCGAUCUGAGAAGUGAGGCCACUGCUGGUGGCAGCAGCAAAACGAAUGCCACGCAGCGCUGGGGUGAGCCCUUCCACCAGCCACGCUCUAAGGCAUUAGCCGCCACUAUGCCGUGGGCCCCGUGACGCCCCGGCCCCCACGUCUGGCUCGGGGGGGGCCAGCGGGUGCAAGGGCAGUUUGGCACAGAGCGUGUUGGGCAAGGCCAGGACCCGGCUCUGUGGGGGACGUGCCCGGCUGCACCGUUUUCCCCCGAGGAAUCUGCCCGCGAGCCGCGUGCGCGCGUGAUGCUGUCGCCAAAGCGCCGCGUGGGGUUGAGGGCGGCCAGGACGCGGGGGCGCGUGCGCUCGGUGUUGCUGUUUUGUUCUGUUCUGAUGUUUCCGUAGUUGGAGGCUUAGGAGCACUGUGCAAUGGCGACUGGCCGAGGGAGAGCGGCGCAGCCCGUCGAGGGGGCCGUGCGGCAGGGCGGCUGCUGGUGGCCCAUAGACCAAACCCUGAGGGGCUGUUGUCUUGCCUGGGCCAAUGGGGACAGAAAACGUCUGCCUUCUCGUCUGCAGGCCGGGUGGCUGUCAGAGGCCGUCUCCUUGCGGGCAGGGGGUGGGAGCGGGGCACACCAGGAUGGGGGCGGCUGCAGCUGAGCUCCGCACCAAGCUCCCUGCAGCACCCUGGGCACGCGUGGUGCUGAUGGGCAGUGCCCUCAGGGGCUGGAGGGGAGGGAGGUACCCCAUUUUCCAUGAUCCCCCCCCCCCGGCAGUUCCUCAUGCAUCUGCACCCUGGGGCGGAGGUCCCUGCGGUGCUGCCCACAGUGACGCCAAGCCCCAUGGCUGCGGGGGCGCAGCGUGUUCGGCUCCAGGGCAGGUGUCUGGGGCACCGAGUGCAUCUUCAUUUGCACCCAUCACCCCCGCGUGGGCUUUUGCCCUUCUCCCAGCAGCAAGGAUCGAACGAGCGUGGAUCUAAGUAGCGUAGCCCCCUGCUCCCAUUGCCACCGCUGUCGUGCUGAUGUGCCAGCCCUGAGACCCCGGGGCUGGGGGGGUUGUGCUGCCCCUCCCCUCACCCACCCUGUCCCCUUCUUCCUUGGCAGCUCACAUCUGCUCC